GGGGUAUCUAAAGAAAAACCUUGUCUUUUUAGAAAUUUGAGUAUUGGUUGUGUGAUAAGUGCCUUGUAAAAAAGGAAGCGAUGUUUUCUUCUACACUUCACCGACUUCAUCUUUACUUAAGGCGAACACCGGAAGCUCGGGUAAAACUAGGAAUUUGCGCCAUGGAUAAAAAGGUGAACUCGAAGGCCAUGAAUGAGGUGAUAAAACGGUUAAUUGCUUCAGAAGAUUUUGACAUAAUUGUUUUUGGCGAUAGUUGUAUUAUAGAUCGACCACCCGAAGAGUGGCCAAUAUGUGAGGCCCUCAUUUCCUUUACCUCUGGCGGGUUUCCUUUGGAUAAAGCAAUACAAUAUGUCAACUUGCGUAAACCAUUUCUCAUAAACGAUCUUGAAGCACAGAAAAUUUUAUUCGACCGGACCAAAGUCUAUGAAGUUUUAAAAAAAGCUGGCGUUCCCAUUCCCCGAUUUGCUGUGGUUUGGAGAGAAAGAGGCAAACCACUAAGCGCAACACUCGAAGAGGAUGACGCUGUUAUUAUUAACGGGGAACGCUUUAAUAAACCGUUUGUUGAAAAGCCUGUUGACGCUGAAGAUCAUUAUAUCUGCAUCUAUUAUCCGCGAAGUGCUGGUGGUGGCUGCACGCAAUUGUUUAGAAAAGUCGGCAACAAAAGCAGCGAAUUUUUUCCUACUCGAACUACAAUAAGAAAGGACCGCUCUUAUUUGUAUGAAGAAUUUCUUGCGACGGAAGGGACAGACGUGAAAGUGUAUUCCUGCGGAGAAAACUACGCCCACGCCGAAGCAAGAAAGUCCCCCGCCGUUGACGGGCGGGUUCAGAGGGACGGUGAAGGAAAAGAGAUCCGCUAUCCGGUGAUGUUAACUAAGCAAGAGAAAUGGAUUUCGCAACAAGUCAACAGAGCCUUCAAGCAGGGCGUGUGCGGCUUUGAUCUUCUGAGAGCGAACGGAGAAAGUUUUGUUUGCGAUGUGAACGGCUGGUCUUUUGUGAAAGGCAACCAGAAAUACUACGACGACGCCUCGCACAUCUUGCGGGAAACUAUCCUACGACGCUUCGCACCGAUCCGACUCCUCAAGUCCGGCGAGCCUUCCUGCGUCUCGGAGGAAGACAUGCAGAAGCUCGAGGACGACUUACCAGAAGACCACAAAGAGCUUCGGUGUGUCAUUGGUGUAUUCCGGCAUGGCGAUAGGACGCCGAAGCAGAAACUAAAGAUGGUUGUCCGCAGCGAGCUGUUUCUUUCACUGUUUGACGGAAAGGAUCCCCGAAAGGAACUCAAGAUGAAGUCCGCCUCCGAACUGCAGAGGCUUCUUAAUAUUGCGCGAGAACUCCUUUCUGGUAGCGGCGAGGGCGAAAGCGACUUUGAGGAUCGCAUGGACAAGUUAAUGCAAGUGAAGUUCAUACUGGAAAGAGGCAGCCAUUUCGGUGGCAUCUACAGAAAAAUACAGCUCAAGCCAUUAAAAUGGACCAGAAACUCAUUCUACGGAAAGGAGAUGGAAGCGAGGCAGGGGAAAGUCAGAGAGGCUCUUCUUAUCCUGAAGUGGGGCGGCGAACUAACGGACCUUGGCUGUCAGCAAGCGCAAGAUUUGAGCGAACGGUUAAGGAGCGAAUUGUAUCCGGGGGAAAGCGAUGGGCUUCUGCGCCUUCACAGCACAUUCCGCCAUAACUUGAAGAUAUUCUGUUCCGAAGAGGGGCGCGUGCAACUGACGGCUGCUGCCUUCACGAAAGGCUUCCUUCAAUUGGAGGGUAACUUAACGCCUAUUCUUGUGAAUUUGUGCCGUAAAGAUGCGGGGCUGCUGGAUGAUGUCUCGGAUGCUUCGCGCGAUCUGGACUCCGUGAAGGUGCGCUUGCGGAAAAUACUCUCAAGAGACGAAGAUUUGAGGGGCCAUCUCGAAACGGCUGUCCCCACGUGCGCCGAAUCUCUUGUUAAUGCGAUCAAUGAGCUUGGAAACCCCAUUCACACUUUUGAACAGCUUUAUGGUUUACUGCAGCUUGUCACUUCCCAGCUGAAAAAGUUCGCUUGCGCUUCCUGCCACCAGGACACUAUCUUCCAUGGGGAGACCAUCACUCAACUCUUAAGGCGUUGGGAAAAACUCGAGAGGGAUUUUUACAACAAACGAGCGACUACAAGCUGUACAUGCAGCAAGAUUCCAGACAUACACGACUGCGCAAAGUACGACUUACUGCACAACCAUGCCAAACUACAUCUAGAUAAGUUGCCAGAGCUCUAUCGCCUGUGCGGCUUCGUGGCCGACUACAUUGUGCCUCAGGAGUACGGCAUCACUAGAGAAGAGAAGUUAGCUAUUGGCACAAAAGUGGCGAGGAAUCUUAUUAAAAAGAUUCUUUUGGACUUAGCUUUUUCCAGCGAGUCUUACCAACAGAGUUCCGAGCUGAUUAAGACGUUGGAGACUGUGCACCGACUGGACAGCCGACACGCUCGCGCCUUCGGCAUCCGGAGUUCGCAGCGCAUGGUUCGCACUCGCUUCUACUUUACCAGCGAAUCGCACAUCCACUCACUUGUCAACGUCUUCCGAUAUACCGAAUUCGAUAAAAAUCAUGACCAUAUAUUUGAUGAGAAAAGCCAAAAGUACUUAGAAAGUGUUAAGGAAAUCAACUUUCUCUCGCAGUUCAUCUUUUUGCUAUAUGAACAUUACUCGGUUCCAGAAGGGGAUCCUGAUCGUUACUCCGUCGAACUAUCGUUUAGUCCAGGCGUCAACUUUGAAGGCAUUGAAACUUUUAGUGUUAAGCCGGGUGUGUACGGAAGGACUAUUUUAGCUAACGUUUCUUUAAAGAAAAUCGAACUUUUUUUGAACAAAGUUCUAAAUAUGAAAGUUCCUGAAAUCGAAUCGGAUAUCGACGAUUUUAAGUUUCAAUGUGAAAGUUCGGCCUCUGAAAAAACUCCCUUUGCAGUUACAGCCACUUAAAAAUCCGAUCUUGUGUAAAUCCCUUGAAAGGCGAAAAAGCUUUGCCUUAGUUAGUAGUAAUAGCCCAUCUACGCUGAAAUAAGGAAUUUGUUUCUUGCGUGCUUAUGUGGCGUUAUACUUUAUUGACUUGUUGCUUUCACU